UACGUUAAAAAUUGGAAUCAUUAUCCUUCCCAAACACUCCAAAACAUAAAACCAUUGACGGAACCAACCUUCUUCUACUCAGGAAGAAGAUGAACUUCACCUUCUUUGCAAUCAUCACCAUCCUCUGCACUUUAGGCUUUACUCACGCUUAUGAAUCUCCACCAUAUACCGUAAUCCACGCCGAAUCAGACUUCGAGAUCAGACUAUACAAAGACUCAGUCUGGAUGACCGCACCCGUCAAAGAAACAUCCUUUCGAAAAGCCACCAACGAUGGCUUCCACAGGUUGUUCCAGUAUAUAGAAGGUGCAAAUUUAAACAAUUCGCGUGUAGCGAUGACUAUACCGGUUUUAACAAGCAUUGUUCCUGGAGCAGGGCCUCUUGAUUCAUCAGCAUAUGUUGUCCAUUUCUACUUACCUGACAAGUUUCAAGCCACACCUCCACUGCCUCUGCCUGAACUUAACCUUAAACCUGAUUCAUGGACCACAACUUGUAAAGCGGUCCGCCAGUUCUCCGGUUUCGCGAGAGAUAAGAACACGGUUGAAGAGGCUGGGAAGCUGGAGACCAGCUUGAGGGGGUCGGGAUACUCUACGUCUUCGGCUAGUAACUUUGCGUACUCGAUUGCGCAGUAUAAUUCUCCGCUUAAGUUUUUCGGGAGGUUGAAUGAGGUUUGGGUGGAUGUUGAUGGUUGUGAGUCUGCUAAAGUGGCUGCAUACUGAAGUUGUGUUGACCGUGGGCUCGGGUUUAGCCGGCUAGUGUCAAGGUCAGGAUUACUUGACUGCUAACUUGUGUAUAUUAUGUUGGUGGAAUAAUUAUCAACUCCUUAAUACCAAUCUUAUGUUCAUAUGUAUUGUCAUUUCAUUACUUUCAUAUCAGUGUCCAGUUUAUUGUUAUUUCA